ACGUGUGUCAAAAAUUGUUGUUGCUGCACGCAAUACGCGAAUUUUUCGCUGCACAAAAUUCAGCAUUUUAACAUAAAAAUAACUGCAAUUAAUACAAACAGCUAAGUGCACAAUAAGCUUACAAGUGCCGGUCACAAUUUUGAAUAAGGGAUUGUUGUCAAUCCACGCGCGAUAGUGCGGAAAUCACGUGAUGAAAAUACGCCUGAAAAUCGCCCUCGUCCGUGAAAUGUGAUAUAGUUUUUCUUCCAAUUGGGUGGAAAUUGGCUUUAUAUUAGACUUCAUCGAGUGCCGCAGUGUUUUGAUCAGUGGAACACCCCAAGCCAUGCAGCGGCAAAAUGUGAACCUGUUUGGACGUACUCAGUGCGAGUCCUACGCGAUAAAUGCGCAGUACAGGGGAAAUUAGAGGCCGUCUGCAGAGGACUUCUUCCUCCGGCCCUCCCUACUCGCACGGGCAAGGCCCAAUCGGUCCCGCUCUCGCUCCACCUAUUCCUGGCAUACGAGGAAUAAGAAGCAAAUAAAUUGCAUCCAAUCCAGUCCAGACUUUGAACUUGCACUUGUGUGCGUGUGUGCGUGUGUGUGUGCCCGCCCGCUUCUUUAUGUGCAUGUGUGUGUGUACGGAAAACAAAAGAAAAGCCCCCAGCGUGAUAGGCGCAGGGGAAGCAGCGACAAAAGAAGCGAAAACCCGCCCCUGCCCCUUCUAUAAUCAACACAAAGACACAAUGUUCUCCCUGCCCUGGCUGCUUCUCAUGGGCGCUCUGCUGCUCCUCAGCUCCAGCUGCGCCACCCCAAUUGAAUUGGUCAUGAAUACCAGUUCCUCGAUCGGGGCCACCACCUCCGAAGCAGGCAAGUGGCAGCCACCACCAGAAGCAGCAGCAGUAGCAGCAACGACGACGACAAGGGCGCCAACGGUGAAAGCAGACGAAACAGCUGGCCAGGCUUAUCUAACAAAAUCGACGUCGCCAUCGCUGACGACGUUGUCCGCUGAUAACAGGAGCCAUGACAGCAACAUCAACAGCAAUAACAAAAGCAGCCUCAACAAUAGCAAUAGCCACGGCUACAGCAACAACAGUGCAGUGGCUAUGCUGCUGCCGCAAGACGGCGAUGGAUCAGCCGCUGCCGCACAGCCGCACGUCACGCAGUUGCCACCCUACGUGCCGCAACAGCAACAGAGCAGCAAGAAGCACGACAAAACCGUAAAAUGUCACUGCGACAUCUGCAAGGAGACGAACCAGAUCUGCGAGACGGACGGCUACUGCUUCACGUCGGUGGAGAAGAAUGCGGACAACAAGAUCAUCUUCAGUUUCCGAUGCCUGAAUAUGUCGCAGAGCUUUCCGCCGGGCCGCUUCAUCUGGUGCAACGAGGGUCGCCAUGGCGGACCCACGGCUCGGCCGGCUGCCCGCAGGGGCGGACACGCCUGUUGCAACGAUCGGGACUUCUGCAACCGGCAGCUGCGGCCCGUCAUCAAGUACUAUGCGGUGGCCACGCCCCAAUGGGAGGAUGGUGACAACGAUGCCGUGCGGCAGCAGCCAUCGGCCACCUUCGAAGAUUUUAUGCCGGAACGCACUCUCAACAGCUGGGAACUGGUCGGGAUCAUUGUGGGUGCGACCCUCAUCAUUUGUGUGACGGGAACGACCUUCUGGUACUACUGCCAGCGACGCAAGCGCUUGGCCAGCGGCAGACCCUUCGCCAAGGAGGACUCCGUCUACGAUCCCAUACUGAAUGGCAACACCACCAUACACGACAUCAUUGAGAUGACCACAUCUGGUUCCGGUUCGGCUGGCCUGCCGCUUUUGGUACAACGCUCCAUCGCACGCCAGGUGCAGCUCUGUCACGUGAUUGGCAAGGGACGCUUCGGAGAGGUCUGGCGUGGACGUUGGCGCGGUGAGAAUGUGGCCGUAAAGAUCUUUUCCAGUCGCGAGGAGUGCUCUUGGUUCCGCGAGGCCGAAAUCUAUCAGACGGUAAUGCUCCGACACGAGAACAUUCUGGGCUUCAUUGCAGCGGACAACAAGGACAACGGCACUUGGACCCAGCUAUGGCUAGUCACGGACUACCAUGAGAACGGAUCGCUAUUCGACUAUCUGACUACGCACACGGUGGACACCAACACAAUGCUGAACAUGUCGCUGAGUAUCGCCACUGGCUUGGCGCAUCUGCACAUGGACAUUGUGGGCACCCGCGGCAAGCCCGCAAUCGCCCAUCGCGAUCUCAAGUCCAAGAACAUACUGGUCAAAUCGAAUCUAAGCUGCGCCAUCGGUGACCUGGGACUUGCGGUGCGCCAUGUGGAGAAGGACGAUUCGGUGGAUAUACCAUCUACACAUCGGGUUGGAACUAAGCGCUACAUGGCCCCGGAGGUGCUGGACGAGAGCAUGAAUGCCCAGCACUUUGACUCGUACAAGCGGGCGGACGUGUAUGCCUUUGGCCUGAUCCUCUGGGAGAUUGCACGGCGCUGCAACAUGGGUAUGAUCUACGAUGAGUACCAGUUGCCGUACUAUGAUGCCGUGCAGCCGGAUCCCAGCAUUGAGGAGAUGAAGAAGGUCGUUUGCAUUGAGAAGAGUCGCCCCAAUAUACCGAAUCGUUGGCACGCCUCCGAUGUGCUCCACAACAUGGCCAAGGUCAUGAAGGAGUGCUGGUAUCCGAAUCCCGUGGCGCGUCUCACUGCGCUGCGAAUCAAGAAGACCCUCGCCAGCAUCAGUGUGGAGGACAAGGUCAAGAACUGAUUGUGGCUCUAGUUCCAGUAGCUUCAGUGCCCGCCUAGUGGAAAGAGAGUGUCUGUACAUACGAGUGUGUGUGUGUGUGUGUGUGUAUGUGUGUGUAUACGUGUGUCUACUCCAUGCAGCAGUAACCUGUAACCUGUAACCUGGCCCCGCGUGACCUUAAAUGUCGUGACAGCGCCUGCGAAGCAGAUCCAGCAUCCCGUUAAGAGAACAGAAAUACAAAGAAAGCUGUAAAUAUUAAGUGCUAAUUGAUCCUGCGGGAUUUCAUUGCUUUGCUUUGCUUUGUUUUUUGCCGUUUUGAGUUUUCCUACCCACCAUCCCCGACCGACCCGACAAUUGUACAUAGCUUUCGUUGACAUUUCCGCUGAGAUUUACUUAUAUUGGGGCUGCGUGAGCAAAGCGGCGCUCCAGAGGAAACUGCCGCACUGCCAUUAGUGCCACCAAUUAGGGCCUAGAUAUACAUACAUACCCACUAUACCCACAAAAGAUACCAACAUCGUAAAUAUAUUUUUUAUAAACCUUGUUUCAGAAACGAGACGAUACAACAAACGAACGAAAAAAUACAGUAAAAGACUUUGCCAAGACUGAAAAGCAGUGGAAAUCAGUGAGAGAUACAUAAUUACGUAUAUUACAAAGUAAAUUGAAUACAGAAAAUACAGUAGAUCCGAACUGCAUGCACUUUUCGACUUCACAUUAUCAAAUAUAUAUGGAAUCGACAGCGAUAACAGGAACAGCGAUGUGGGGGGCGGGAAUCAACCAAUUUAGGCGUAGACCAACAGAAUCGUUGACCAAACUCAGGAAAUCUUCAAGUAAAAGUAAAAUUUAAACAUACAAAUCGUAAAGGUGCGCCGCCUGCUCACGUUUAGCCUGCCGCGCCCCAAAGCUAUUGCUUUGCUGUGUGCGCCUCCCAAGCUAAAUGUAUCACACAAACUUAUGCAUAUAUCGCUUGGUGUAUCCAAAAUCCUGGAUCAGAGCAAUCCACUUCAAUGGUUUGCUUCUUCAUUCACGCCUCAUGGUCAUUAGUUUUGUUACAUCACCUCUACAUCCCAGUUGCAUCAGAUCCAUUAACGUAGCCGUUUUACUAUAAUCUAUUUGAUUUCUUUUUCUGUUAUAACCAAAGCUUGUUCUUCCUAUUUUUUUGUAGUCAUAAAAAGAGAAAGCAAAGUAAACGAAACUAAUUGAACAUUACAAAAGUAUAUAGUCAUACGUAUUUGUAUAUUAAAUGUAAACUAUUUUUGCUUCAAUUGCAAAUUGUAAGGAACUCGAUGUUUCAUGGAAUCACCUAAGCCCAUAGUCUAAGUCUGUGAACAGAGUUUUGCGUGUUCUAGAAUAUUUUUAACAUAGCCGAGCGUUUUAUUUCCCCCAUCAAAUGCCAUAAAGCUGAAAGAGUCCAUAACCAAAUCCUCUACGAGAAUGCAAUAGUAGUUUCUAUAUACGAAAUGAUUCCUGAAACCCCCGCACACAAUCCACACAGACACCAACACAAGCUGAGAGAUUAACGUAAUCAUUAAUUUAAACAUUAAAUAAUUUCGAUGUAAGCUAUGUACCACUAAGCAUUUGUACGGAUCUUGCAUGCAAGAUUGUAACUAGAAUUAUGAUUCUAUUUUAGAAACUACUCGUAUAUAUUAAACUAUUGUUACAUUUUUGGCGUGCGAAAUUUCAUUUCCUACAUAUAUUAAUUUCCUGUACGAACCAACCAGUCCGGUCUAAACAAAACCACAUAUUUCUAGCCUUUAUACAAAACACGUGCAUACAUUAUAAAAUACGAUGCAUACAUAUAUUUAGUUUUUAAAACUGUAAUUCCUGUAAUUGUAAAAUCUGUAAAUAGUCCGUGGAGUCUGUGCGUGCGAGUCAAACGCAUAAAACGAGAAACAAUUUAAUGGAUCGUGUUAAAUGCUAAAUGUUUAACUGUGUUCUAAGCUAAGUUUAGGCCGAGAGUUGUUUUCAAGAGACAAAUCCAUAAGAUAAACAACCUCCGAUGGGUGUUCUUCCUACCGUUCCACCCCAACCUUUGAUCCAAACCAAAAACAAUUUCCAUUGAAAACGAAAAGAAACCUACACAAAAGACUUGAAUCAUGCGCAAAAAUGUGAAACGAAAAGGAGAAAUAAAACUAACAAAAAAAUCCUAUUUUUCUUGCAAAAAGAACAUUAAUUUUUGGUAAAAACGGAGAAACUUGACGUUAUACGACUUUAUAUUAGGCUCAAGUAAUCGAAAAUUGUCUCGGUCACAAGUGAAUGAGCGGAAGCGUUUGUAAUGUGUAUUUAUCGUAAUUGAACUGGAUCGUGAGAGAUAUAGAAAGAGAGAAGAGAGGAGGAUGGAUUUACUUGGGUGUAAUGUUAAAAACAAAAGCGUUGAAAGUGUAAACAGAGUCUAACUUUUAGCUUUAAGCUGCGUUUUUACUGGCACUUUAAAUAAAAUACAAAAAUAAAACAA